GCCUAAGAUUUAGUCAAGCCCGUGAGCUCAGGUUAUUCGAACGUUUUGCGGUUAGCCGGAACAAUGAAAGACUGGGCUGCGAUAGGAGUCCUCCUGGUAUUGGGAUGCCAGUACGGCGGAGUUGUCCGGGCGGACAGCGAUAGCAGCGACAGCAGCAACAGCGGGGAGAGCAAGCACAAAAACAAGUACACGACUACCGAGCACAAGUACAAUUAUCCAGCGUAUCCUAUGCCCUUCGGCUAUGGGCAGCCGUAUGCUUACAACCCCUACCCAUACCUCUAUCCACCGCCGCAUACGCAGUAUCCACAGUAUCUACCUCCGCCUAUGCACGGCUACCCUCCAGUGCCCGGUUAUCAACCCCCGCCAGGCUACCCACCCAUGCCCGGCUACAACCCGUACAUGCAGCUUCCACCGCCGCAGCAGGCUCCUCCGGCACCGAUGUAUCCCCAGGCUGGGACUGGACAGAACCCAGGCUACAACCCAAACUCGCUUCCAAAUCAGCCUCAGGCACAGCCACAGCAGCCGGCGCCCGGACAAGGAACAGGUCCUUCGCCGAACUAUCCUCCAGGUGGCUCAAGCGUUAUUAAUCACUCCCUUAAAGUCAACAAGGAAUACAACGAGGAUGGUCACCACUCAACCUCACCAUAGAACACUUUAAACAUUUGAUACAAUUAAAGAAAUACAUUUUUAUUUGCUUUUUAAAGGGAGCCCAGUUUGGAUAUUAAAUGCCAAGCCAAAGUUGCUGGGUAAAAUAAAAAGAACAAAAGUUCCAGAUAAGUUUUUUUAUUACAAAAACAACAAAUUAUGAAUCUAUCAAGUCAUAAAUGUCUAUCAAUGUCGGCAAACAUAUCACAUAUAUUAUCAAUAUAAUAUUAAAGAUACUGUAACAUUUUUUACUUAAAUAUACAAGGCAUACUAGA